UAAAAAAAAGGUUUUGGAACUAUUGGAUAAUAAGACAAUGAGAACCAACUCACUCAUCCGUUCACUCUACAACAUCAAAUUCCACACCCACACCCUCUUCACCUUCACCAUCACUCCCCUCCACCACACGAUGACCACCACCACCAUUACCGAACCACCCAUAACCCCAUCCAACACCCGCAUAGGCUGGAUCGGCACCGGCGUCAUGGGCCAAUCCAUGUGCUCCCACCUCAUCAAAGCCGGCUACACUCUCACCAUCUUCACCCGCACCCAAUCCAAAGCCCAACCCCUCCUCAACCUCGGAGCCAACUGGGCCUCUUCCCCUCACUCCGUCGCUUCCCAAUCCGACGUCGUUUUCUCCAUCGUCGGCUACCCUUCCGACGUCCGCCACGUCCUCCUCCACCCCACUUCCGGCGCCCUCUCCGGCUUCUCUGGCACCGGAAUCCUCGUCGACAUGACCACUUCCGACCCUUCACUCGCCGUCGAGAUCUCAACUUCCGCCGCUGAAAAAUCCUGCUUCGCCGUCGACGCUCCGGUCUCCGGCGGGGACCGCGGCGCUCGUAACGCCGCCCUGUCGAUCUUCGCCGGCGGUGAUGAAGCUAUAAUAAAACGGUUAAAUCCCCUUUUUACCCUUUUGGGGAAAGUUAAUUACAUGGGUGGACCAGGUAAAGGUCAAUAUGCGAAAUUAGCGAAUCAGAUUACUAUUGGUUCAACCAUGGUUGGGUUAAUCGAGGGUAUGGUUUAUGCGCAUAAAGCUGGGCUUGAUUUGGGUGUUUAUUUGGAUGCGAUUUCGACCGGUGCGGCCGGGUCAAAGUCGCUGGAUUUGUAUGGUCAACGGAUAUUGAAAAGGGAUUUUGAAGCAGGGUUUUAUGUGAAUCAUUUUGUUAAAGAUUUGGGGAUUUGUUUGAGAGAGUGUGAGAAAAUGGGUAUUGCUUUACCUGGGUUAGCACUUGCUCAACAGCUUUAUGUGUCUCUUAAGGCUCAUGGUGAGGGUGAUUUGGGGACUCAAGCUCUUAUUUUGUCACUUGAAAGACUUAACAAUUUGAGUCUUGAGUAGUGUUUGUUGUUAGAUGUUUAAAGCUUUGAUGUUUUCAAUAACUUCUGUGGUGUUAUGUGUUUCUAUGAUCUUGAAUUAAACUCUGUUUUGUAAUGUAAUGUAUUAGAACAUUGUAAUGUGUGUUGUCAUUGCUA